GAAGAAGAAGAAGAAAGAAGAAGAAGAAGAAGAGAAGGACAGAUGAGGGAAGGAAGGAAGGAAGAAGAGAAGGAAGGAAAGAAGGUAACAGAAGAAGAAGAAGAAGAAGAAGAAGAAGAAGAAGAAGAAGAAGAAGAAGAAGAAGAAGAAGAAGAAGAAGAAGAAGAAGAAGAAGAAGAAGAAGAAGAAGAAGAAGAAGAAGAAGAAGAAGAAAAAGAAGAAGAAGAAGAAGAAGAAGAAGAAGAAGAAGAAGAAGAAGAAGAAGAAGAAGAGAAGGAAAGGAAAGAAGAAGAAGAAGAAGAAGAAGAAGAAGAAGAAGAAGAAGAAGAAGAAGAAGAAGAAGAAGAAGAAGAAGAAGAAGAAGAAGAAGAAGAAGAAGAAGAAGAAGAAGAAGAAGAAGAAGAAGAAGAAGAAGAAGAAGAGAAGGACAGAUGGAAGGAAGGAAAGAAGAAGAAGAAGAAGAAGAGAAGGACAGAUGAGGGAAGGAAGGAAGGAAGGGAAGGACAGAUGGAAUGAAGGAAAGAAGGAAGGAAAGAAGAAGAAGAAGAAGAAGAAGAAGAAGAAGAAGAAGAAGAAGAAGAAGAAGAAGAAGAAGAAGAAGAAGAAGAAGAAGAAGAAGAAGAAGAAGAAGAAGAAGAAGAAGAAGAAGACAGAGUUACAUUUGCCAGAACACAUCAGUGGUUACAGGUGUUUCCUGCUGUUAAUCCACUAACCUAG